AUGGAAAGAUAUAAAUUGGUGUUUAAAAUGAGUGCUUUUGACGAGUGUUGGCUUGAAAUCAAUGGUGUGACCACUCGUGUCCUCCAAUACGGUGUCGAUGUGUCCACAAAGCAUGUGUUGACCAAAUGUCCGAUCAUUUUGAUGAUAUCGGGAAAUCCGGGAGAAAUUGCAUUCUAUAGACAGAUGUUGUCCCGAAUGCACGACAGGACACGACUCCCGGUGUUGGGUCUCUCACACGCCGGACAUAAUGUCGUACCAAAAGGACUCACUCUUCCGGGCAUUUCUGGAAGAUAA